AUGGAAGGUGGUCCCGUUCUCCGGUACACUAACUACUCCGUUCCCUUCAAUGCUUCAGAUUUGCAGAACUUCUUCGAGAAUCCCUGGCGAACGUCAACCGCACUCACCUUCUUCUUAGUGGUGUCUUACUGCACCGUGAUGGCAAUGGGCUUACUGGGAAACAUCUGUCUGAUUUACGUGAUAGCAAGACAGAAAGAGAAAGCCAAUGUCACCAACAUCCUCAUUGCCAACCUGUCUUUCUCAGACAUCAUGGUGUGUACCUUCUGCCUCCCUUUUACGGUGGUCUACACGUUGAUGGACCACUGGAUCUUCGGUGAAGUCUUCUGCAAGAUGACUCCUUUUAUACAGUGUAUGUCAGUGACAGUAUCCAUUCUUUCCUUGGUCAUGAUCGCCCUGGAAAGGCAUCAGCUCAUUAUAAACCCUACCGGCUGGAAACCCAGUGUGUCCCAAGCUUACCUGGCGGUGGUGAUCAUCUGGAUGCUGGGUUGCUUGGUUUCCCUGCCUUUUGUGGCUUUCCACAUUUUAACAGAUGAACUUUACAAGAACCUUUUCAUUUUCAACACAUCUCUGGCCGACAAAGCAAUCUGCGCAGAGUCGUGGCCAUCACGUAAAGAAAAACUGGUCUACACCACUUGGCUGCUGGUUGUUCAGUAUGGGGCACCACUGGCUUUCAUUGCAGUGUGCUACAUUAGAAUAUACAUGAGGUUAAGGAAAAGGAGGGACAUGAUGGACAGAAGAAGUGAGGACAAUCGUAGGUUGACAAACAGCAGAAGAAUAAAUAUGAUGCUCGUCUCUCUGGUUGUUGCAUUUGGCCUUUGCUGGCUGCCAUUGAAUGUAUUUAAUACCAUUGUGGACUGGGAUCUCGAAGUAGUGCUACACAACCAACAUAAUCUCAUCUUUUCUUUGUGCCAUUUAGCAGCCAUGUCGUCUACUUGCGUGAAUCCCAUUAUCUACGGUUUCCUGAAUAACAACUUCAAAAAUGAAGUGAAAUCAAUCAUCCUGCGAUGCAAAUGUAGAAGUGCUGACGAGGAUUACGACCAUUUCCCAUUGUCCACCGUGACUACUGAUGUUUCUAAGGCGUCUUUACGACUGAAUUGUAGGAACAAUUUAGUGUGA